AUGUCUGAUAGUAAACCUUCUCCUCGAAAUCAUGGUAGAUAGAAGACAAAGACAAGUAUGACAAUCUUUUCAAGAAAUAGGCGAAAAUUUAUAAAUACUGUUCAAGAAGCCAUCAGUUGCAAAUGAAAGAUUAGUCGUUAAUAAAUUAGGCAUGAAAUUUGAUCCUGUUUGUUGGAAGAAGAACCAUGAAAAAGGUAAAAUCCAAUUUGUUUGCAUUGUAAAUCUCAGGCAUUAUUGAAAUAGGAAUCGAAUUGCAAUGCCGAUAGAAGGUUAGCUUGUGCACAUUGCAUCAUCGAAGAACACCAGGAACAUAUCUCAAAUAAGAUAACAGUUGAGCAAUAUUGUGAUGCUUUUGAGAGCAAUUUUAAGAGCUAUCUCCUUUAAGUAACCUAAAUAAUUUAAAUAGAUAGCAAAAUUAGAGGAAUAUUACAAAAAAUGUAAAAUGCUGGAUUUAAUCAAUUAAAUAGAUAAAGAUCUCAGUAUCGUUCUCGAAAUUGUUAAACAAUAACUAAAAGUCUUAAGGGAUUUCUACGUUUAAGAAAUCCAAAUUCAUGCUGAAUAAAACAAUUCAGCUCUGAUCUCAUUUUAUAAUACAGAAAAAUAGACCUUGUCUAAAAUAAAAGACUACGCGCAAAAGAAUCUAUUUGAGAUGACUCCAGCUGAAAUGGAUCAUAGUAUGUUAUUGUUAGGUCCAAAUCAUUUGGAAAACAUAACAGUUAAAUUAUAGUAAUUCGGUGAUCAAAAUUCUAUUGUCUAAAGCACUUUGAAAUCAUAAUGGAAACUCAUUUAUGAAUAAUUAGAAGAAUCAUUAAUUGAUGCUAUAGCUUAAAUUAGCUAGAAUAACUUGGAUUUUAAUUAGCCAACAAUUAAAGAAACCUAAUAAGAAAACGUUAAACCUAAUAACUAAUAAUAAUAAGAUUUCUAGAAACUGAAUAUAUAAGAUAUCAAGAUUUAAAAUAAAUAGAUAAAUUAAUAAUACACAUAAAACUAUUAAUAAAUACCUCCUUAACAAUCCCAAGACUCCUAAUAGAUUAAAAAAGAAGUCAGCAAACAUAGUGGUAAUAAUGUACAAUAAUAAUCAAACCCUUCAAUUAAUUUAACUAAUAAUCAAUUAUAAUCGAAUAGUCCUAAAGCUUCCAAUGAAGAGUAGAGUUAUAAAUAGAAUUUUAGUAUUAGUCAUCAUUAAGUGACUUCGCCUUUGAAAAGUGGAGUAAAUAUAGCGACUUUUGGCAAUUUAGGUAAUGCCAAUUAGAAAUCCUUGAAAAAACACAUGUCUCAACCUAAAACUAAUGAAAUUUCUGCUCAAUCAAAUGCUAAAUCCAGUUCUCUUGUUCGAUAAACUAGUGGCAAUGGAGUGAAUUACUAUUACUAAAGUGAUAGCAAACACCUAGUAGGCAGAAAGAAUGGCUAUCAUAUGUAAACUCUUACUUCCUCAUCAUAAUAAAAAUAAUAAUAAUAGUUUGAAAGAAGACUAUCAGCUCCGAAGAUAUAAAAUACUCAUUUUAAUUGCAAUUACAACAAUAUGAAAUGUGUUCAUAAUGAUAUUGUUAAAACAAGCCCUGUUUUCAGUUGCUGUAAUUGGGUAUUUAUACUUAUGUAUUAAUAUCUAGGCAUUUCCAUGUUACGAAUGCCAUGACAUGAUUUCAACACAUAAAGCACACAUAACAGUUCCUUCAUAAAGAUUCUGCUUGAAUUGCUAUGAAAUAUUCUCUGUAAAUUUAUUGUCUACAGUAGAUGUCAAAUGUUAUAAAUGCUAAUGA